AUGUCUUGGAGAAUUGGAAAGAAAAUAAAAGAUUCAGGAUUCUUAGGAUCAAAGCAUCAUCAUUCCAAUACCGCAUCAACGGUUACCCCCAAUGAUAUCUCCCGUUCGACCACACCUACGCCUGGUAACCCCCAUCCGGAUGAGGUUGCUAAACCACCUGUGGCUAAGAGUGGUAUGUUGAAGAUUAGGGUGACGGCUGCUAAAGGAUUGAGUCUACCACAAGGAGUCCCCGUCCCAGCACCUAUCCAAGCCGCCCUUUCCUCCCCCACAGCAUCCUCACCAAGAGUACCUACAAACUUAAAAGCAGGUAACCGUGACUCCCUCCAGAGAAGACAAGUAUGGUGGUUACCCUACGUUGUCUUGGAAUUCGACAAGAACGAAGUACUCGUUGAUGCCUUGGGAGGUGACUUGUCAUCACCUGUAUGGAUGUAUUCGGCUACAUUUGACGUAUCGCGUAUUUCGGAAUUAUCCAUCACUGCUUAUCUCAGAACCACACAGCCCCAUCAGGAACAAGAUGCCUCGAGGAAGGGCGGAGAGGAAGGUGAUGAUAUGGGUAAUAGCGAUUUGUGUUUGGGUGGAGUUAGGUUCACGCCUGAUUUGGAUGUCAAUAAAACAACCGACGAGUGGAUAAACGUAUCUGGCGGUAGUGGUGCUUUCCAUGUUCAAGUGUCUUUCAAACCUCAACAGGGCCAACCAUUGACUAUCGAUAGUUUUGAACUACUCAAAGUGAUCGGUAAAGGAUCAUUCGGUAAAGUAAUGCAAGUUCGAAAAAGAGAUACGUUACGAAUCUACGCUUUGAAAACCAUCCGAAAAGCACACAUAGUCUCGCGAUCAGAAGUAACGCAUACAUUAGCAGAGCGAACCGUAUUAGCACAAGUCAAUUGUCCUUUCAUCGUACCUCUAAAAUUCUCAUUCCAAUCUACCGAGAAACUUUACUUGGUGUUGGCGUUUGUAAAUGGAGGAGAACUGUUCCAUCAUUUACAACGGGAAGGUAAAUUCAACGAAACGAGAUCGAGGUUCUAUGCGGCGGAGUUGCUUUUGGCUUUGGAACAUUUACAUGGAUUCAAUGUAAUUUACCGUGAUUUGAAACCUGAAAAUAUCCUGCUCGAUUAUUCUGGUAAUAUUGCCUUGUGUGAUUUCGGUUUAUGUAAACUUAACAUGUCUGCUUCUGAUACUACGAAUACUUUUUGUGGUACUCCAGAAUAUCUUGCCCCCGAAUUGCUUUCUGGUCAUGGAUAUACCAAAUGUGUAGAUUGGUGGACUCUCGGUGUAUUGUUAUAUGAGAUGCUUACCGGUCUCCCACCAUUCUACGACGAAAAUACCAACGAAAUGUAUCGAAAGAUUUUAUCUGAUCCACUUCGAUUCCCGGAUUCAAUGGGGUCGGAAGCACGAUCGUUGUUGACUCAAUUGUUGAAUCGUGAUCCGGCAAGAAGACUGGGUGUGAAUGGUGCCCAGGAGAUUAAAGAUCACCCGUUCUUCGCUAAACAUAUCAAGUUCCAGAAGUUGUGGAAUAAACAGAUUCAACCGCCUUUCAAACCUGCUGUGGCAAGUGCGAUAGAUACUUCCAACUUUGACGAAGAAUUUACCUCUGAAGUACCACUCGAUUCGGUUGUCGAUGACUCUCACUUGUCACAAACUGUCCAACAGCAAUUUGAGGGAUUCUCGUGGAGUGUAUCCCCUCUUGGUGAAUCCGUUGGACGAUAUUAG